AUUUCCCCCACCCCCUCCUUCCCACAAGUGCUCCCCCACGCCCUCCCCUACCCCCUCUUGGCCUCUGGUGCAGAGUGGACUGGGGCUCUGGCCUGAGACAGGGCCAGAUACAAAUACAAAUAUCCCUGAGGAACAUAGAUACAAAGGUCCUUAACAAAAUUCUAGCAAAUCAAACUCAACAGCACAUUAAAAAGAUCAUUCACUAUGAUCAAGUAGAAUUUAUCCCUGGAAUGCAAGGAUGGUUCAAUAUGUGCCAAUCAAUAAAUAUGAUUCAUCAUAUUAACAAAUGAAGAAUAAAAUCAUAUGAGUAUUUCAAUGGAUGCAGAAAAAGCAUUUCACAAAAUCCAAUACAUUUUUUUUUUUUUUUUUGAGAUGGAGUCUUGCUCUGUUUUCCAGGCUGGAGUGCAGUGGUGCAUUCUCAGCUCACUGCAUCCUCCACCUCCCAAGCUGAAGCGAUUCUCCUGCCUCAGCCUCCCAAGUAGCUUGGAUUAUAGGGAUGUGCCACCACACCUGACUAAGUUUUGUAGUUUUAGUAGAGACAGGGAGGGUUUCACCAUGUUGGCCAGGCUGGUCUUGAACUCCUGACCCCAGGUGAUCCACCCACCUCAGCCUCCCAAAGUGCUGGGAUUACAGGUGUAAGCCAUCACUCCCAGACUAAAAUUUAAUACUUUUUUUUAUGAUAAACAUUGUUAACAGAAUAGGUAUACAUGCAAUAUAACUGAACACAAAAAAAGCCGUAUAUGACAAAUGCAUAGCCAACAUUAUAUUCAAUAGUGAAAGUUGAAAACUUUUCCUCUAAAAUCAGGGACAAGACAGGGAUGCCCACUCUCAUUACUUUUUUCAACGUAGUUCUGGAAAUCCUACCCAGAUCAGUUAGACAAGAGAAGAAAAUAAAAGAUAUCCUAACUGGAAAGGGAAAAGUGAAAUUGUCUCUGUUGAUAACAUAUUAUAUAAAGAAAACCCUAAUGACCCCACCAAAAAGUUGUUGGAACUGAUAAAUUCAGUACAGUUGUAGGAUACAAAAUAAAUAUAUAAAAAUUAGUGGCAUCUUAUACACUAAUGGGAAACUUUCUGAAAAAGAAGAAAACAAUUUCAUUUACAAUAGCAACAACAAAACACUUAUUAUCUAUAUUCAUAUUUUAUUAUCAAAUACUUCUUUAUAAGACUUGUAUACUAAAAACUAUAAAACUCUUGUGAAAGAAAUUGAAGAAGACACAAAUAAAUCUAAAGAUAUCCCAUGUUAAUGGAGUAAAAGAAUUAACACUGUUAAAAUGUCCAUAUUACCCAUAGCAAUCUACAGAUUCAGUGCAAUUCAUAUCAACAUUCCAAUGUCAUUUUCAUAGAAAAUGUCAUAGGAAAAAAAACCUUAAAUUUAUAUGGAACCACAAAAAACCUGGAAUUGUCAAAACAAUCUUGAGCAAAAAGAACAAAGCUAGAGGCAUUACACUACCUGACUUCAAAAUAUAUUAUAAAGCAAUCAAAACAGAAUGAUACUGGCCUUAAAAAAAAAAAUAGACUAACUGACCAAUGGAAUCUGAUAGAAAGCCAAGAAAUAAACCUAUGCAUUUAUAGUCAAUUGAUUUUUGACAAAGACACUUAAAACAAACACUGGAGAAAGGACAGACUAUUCAAUAAAUGAUGUUGGGAAAACUGAUUAUCCUCAUGCAGAAGAGUAACAUUAGAUCCUCAUCUUACACCCGGCACAAAACUCAACUCAGAAUGGGUUAAAUACUUAGACCUGAAACUGCAAAACUACCAGAAGAAAACAUAGGGAAAAACUUCACAACAUUGACUUAGGCAAGAACUCUCUGGAUAUGACCCCAAAGGCUCAGGCAAUAACAACAAUAAAUAUAGACAAAUGGAAUGGCAUUGUAUUAGUCCGUUUUUACACUGCUCAUAAAGACAAGCCUGAGACUGGGUUGUUUAUAAAGAAAAAGAGGUUUAAUGAACUCAUCGUUACACGUGGCUGGGGAGGACUCACAAUCGUGGAGGAAGGCAAGGAGGAGUAAGUCAUUUCUUACAUGGUGGCAGGGGAGAGAGAAUGAGAACCAAGUGAAAGGAGUUUCCCCCUUAUAAAACCAUCAGAUCCCAUGAGACUUAUUCACUACCAUAAGAACAGUAUAGGGAAACUGCCUCCAUGACUCAGUUAUCUCCCACAGGGGUCCCUCCCACAACACGUGGGAAUUAUGGGAGCUACAAUUCAAGAUGAGAUUUGGGUAGGGACACAGCCAAACCAUAUAAUUCCUCCCCUGGCUCCUCUCAAAUCUUACGUUCUCACAUUUCAAAGCCAAUCAUUCCUUCCCAGCAAUCCCCCAAAGUCUUAACUCAUUUCAGCAUUAACAAAAAAGUCCACAGUCCAAAAUCUCAUCUGAGACAAGGCAAGUCCCUUCUGCCUGUCAGCCUGUAAAAUCAAAAGUAAGUUGAUUUUAUAUUCCUUUUGGAUAGAUAUGCCCAUUCCAAAUGGGAGAAAUGGGCCAAAAUGAAGGGGCUAAAGGCCCCAUGCAAGUCGGAAAUCCAACAGAGCAGUCAAAUCUUACAGCUCCAAAAUAAUCUCCUUUAGUGCUAUGUCUCAUAUUUAGGUCUUGCUGAUGCAAAAGGUGGGUUCCCAUGGUCUUGCGCAGCUCUUCCCUGUGCUUUGCAGGGUACAGCCUCCUUCCUGGCUGCUUUCACAGGCUGGCAUUGAGCAUCUGCAGCUUUUCUGGGUGAAUGGUUCAAGCUGUUGGUGGAUCUACCGUUCUGGGGUCUGGAGGACAGUGGCCCUCUUCUCAAAGCUCCACUAGGCAGUGCCCCAGUGGGGACUCUGUGUGGGGGCUUUAACCCCACAUGUCCCUUCUGCACUGCGCUAGCAGAGGUUCCCAAUGAGGACCCCACCCCUCCAGAAAACUUCCGCCUGAACAUCCAGGCAUUUCCAUACGUCCUGUGAAAUCUAGGCAGAAGUCCCCAAACCUCAGUUCUUGACUUGUGGGCACCCACAGGCUCAACAUAGUCUGGAAGGUGCAAAGGCUUGGGGCUUGCACCCUCUGAAGUCAUGGCCUGAGCUGUACCUUGGUCCCUUUUGGCCAUGGCUAGAGCAGCUGGAAUGCAAGGCAUCAAGUCCCUAGGCUGCCCACAGCAUGGGGGCCCUGGGCUUGGCCCAUGAAACCAUUUUUUCCUCCUAGGCCUCCAGGCCUGUGAUGAGAGGGGCUGCCAGAAAGCUCUUUGACAUGUCCUGGAGACAUUUUCCCCAUUGUCUUGGCCAUUAACAUUUGGCUCCUCAUCAUUACUUAUGCAACUUUCUGCAGCUGGCUUGAAUCUCUCCUCAGAACAUGGGUUUUUCUUUUCUAUCACAUUGUCAGGCUACAAAUUUUCUAAACUUUUAUGCUCUGUUUCCCUUUUAAAACUGAAUGCUUUUAAUAGCACCAAGUCACUGCUUGAAUGCCUUGCCGCUUAGAAGUUUUUUCCACCAGUCACCCUAAAUCAACUCUCUCAAGUUCAGAGUUCCAGAAAUCUCUAGGGCAGGGCAAAAUGCUACCAGUAUCUUUGAUAAAACAUAGUAAGCAUCACCUUUACUCUAGUUCCCAACAAGUUCCUCAUCUCCAGCUGAGACCACCUCAGCCUGGACUUCAUUGUCCAUAUCAUUAUCAGCAUUUUGGUCAAAGCCACUCAACAAGUCUCUAGGAAUUUCCAAACUUUCCCACAUUUUCCUGUCUUCUUCUGAGCCCUCCAAACUGUUGCAACCUCUGCCUCUCUCUUCCUGGCAGGGAAAUGGUUUUGGUAUGAUUCAAGCACAUUACAUUUAUUGUCCACUUUUUUUUCUAUCAUUAUUACAUUGUAAUACAUAAUGAAAAAAUUAUACAACUCACCAUAAUGUAGAACCAAUGGGAUAAAUUUUACCAGGUAUAAAUCAGGGCUUAAGGUAUUCUUUGUUUUCUGAGAUGGAGUCUUGCUCUGUUGCACAGGCUGGAGUACAGUGGUGUGAUCUCGGCUCACGGCAGCCUCCACCUGCCAGGUUCAAAUGAUUCUGCUGUCUCAGCCUCUUGAGGAACUGGGAUUUCAGUUGCAUGCCACCAUGCCUGACCAGUUUUUAUAUUUUUAGUAGAGACAGGGUUUUGUCAUGUUGGCCAGGCUGGUCUCAAACUCCUGACCUCAACUGAUCCACCUGCCUCACCCUCCCAAAGUGCUGGGAUUACAGACAUGAGCCACCAUGCCUGACCUACUUUCUCUCUCUCUCUCUCUCUUUAUGGCUGGGCAGCAGAUGUAUAAAUUGUCAUCGACCUAACAAUUAAGUUGGCCAUGGAGAAAGCUGAGUACAUCAGGAUUUAAAACACAGAAUUCUCAGGUGGACCUGACUGUGGGAUGGAAUGCCAAACCGAGGCUGAGGUAUCUUGGGCAAUGUCACAUGGCCGGCUUGGGAGCCAUCAUGUGCCCAGGUCCAGAGAGCCUGUGGCCGGCCCAGCAUGGAGGGGAAGAUCCUGGGCGGCCGCCCGGCGCUGGAGAGGAGGUGGCCAUGGCAGGUCAGCGUGCACUACGCGGGCCUCCACGUCUGCGGCGGCUCCAUCCUCAACGAGUACUGGGUGCUGUCGGCUGCGCACUGCUUCGGCCGGGACAAGAACAUCAAAAUCUAUGACAUGUACGUAGGCCUCGUGAACCUCAAGGUGGCUGGCAACCACACCCAGUGGUAUGAGGUGGACCGGGUGAUCCUGCAUCCCUCAUAUGAGGUGUACCACCCCAUCGGAGGCGACGUGGCGCUGGUGCAGCUGAAGAGCCGCAUUGCGUUUUCUGACUCCGUGCUCCCGGUCUGCCUUCCACCUCCAGAUCUGGACCUUACCAGUGCCAAUUGCUGGGCUACAGGAUGGGGACUAGUGUCACAACAAGGUGAAACCUCAGACGAACUGCAGGAGGUGCAGCUCCCACUGAUCCCGCAAACCUGGUGCCGCCUGCUCUACGGACACAUAUCCUACAUCAUGCCUGACAUGUUGUGUGCUGGGGACAUCCUGAACAUUAAGACCGUAUGUGAGGGCGACUCCGGGGGUCCACUCGUCUGUGAAUUCAACCGCAGCUGGUUGCAGGUUGGAAUCGUGAGCUGGGGCCGUGGCUGCUCCAACCCUCUGUACCCUGGAGUGUACGCCAGUGUUUCCUAUUUCUCAAAAUGGAUACGUUAUAAUAUAGAAAUCACACCCGCUCCUGCUCAGCCAGCCCCUGCUUUCUGUCCAGCUCUGGGGGCCACUCUCAGCGUCCUUGUGGCCAUGCUGGUUGGCUGGUCAGUGCUGUGAGGCCAGGACACACCUCUAGCAUUCUCAUGGCUGCAUACUCUGCCCCAGCCCAGCUGUCUCCAGACCCCUAAGCACCUCCUGCCCUGCUCUCUCUGGAGCAGGCAAGGUCCACCCAUCCCGUGGGUGGAUGCUGAGUCAGGAGAUGCCGAGCAAAUGUGCAGAAGAAGAGAGGGAAGGGGGAGAGGGGCUGGCCAGGCACGACCCAGCCGGGCAGAGUGCACCUGAGAUUUGAUAAGAUCAUUAAAUAUUUACAAAGCAA